AUGGCCGGCCAAUCAUUCAAGCUGUAUCUCUUCGGAGACCAGACUUUCGACGUCAAGCCGCACCUGAGGAGCUUGCUCCGUGACAGGAGCAACCCAGUCCUCGAGGACUUUCUAGUCAAGGCAUACGAAGUCGUCCGCACCGAGAUCUAUAAGCUUCCGCAUGGGGUCAGGGAAGCAGUUCCCCGAUUCACCGGUCUCGACGAUCUGGUAUCAUGGGACCAAAGCGGAAAGCGAUGCAUUCCCCUCGACAUGGCUGUCACUUGCAUCUAUCAGCUCGGGGUUUUCAUCAGUCAAGCCGACGCCUGGAAUUAUGGCGUCGUAAAGCCCCGGGUUGCCGGCAUCUGCACCGGAGCCCUGGCGGCCGCCGCCGUCAGCUGCAGUCGGAACCUGCUGGAGCUUGUUCCCAUGGCGGUCGACGCCGUCACUGUUGCCUUUAGAAUCGGCAUGCAAGUGGCCGACGUCGCCCAGCGAGUCUCCCCCUCGCACGAUGCUGACCAGAGCUGGUCCAUCAUCGUCCCAGGGGCGGCGUCUUCCGAGGCCGUCAGCAAAUUCUGCGAACAAUCCGCUCUGCCAUUGACCAGCAGGCCCUACAUCACAGCCUAUGCGCCAAACGGCAUCACCGUCAGCGGACCUCCAAAAUCGCUCGAGCAACUCGUCAACUCGGGCGACUUCAAGGAUCUCCGGUUCAAGAGCGUCCCAAUUUUUGGACCUUAUCAUGCGCCGCAUCUUUACUCUCAGUUCGACAUCAGCAACAUCAUUGGCGACCUGACCUCUGAUCGGGCCAUCGCCCGUGCUGAGCAUCUGCCCCUCCUCUCUGGCCAGGCUGGAGCCAAGUCACAGGCUCGCAACUUUGCAACGCUUCUCGAAGCUGCUGUCGGGCAGGUGCUGUUGCAACCCAUCCGAUGGAGUGAUAUCCUCGAUGAGUUGCAGUCCAGCAUCCAGAACGCCAGCCCCAAGUCGUUUAGCGUGACACCCAUCGGGACGACUGCCGACCAGCUCAUCUACACCGUGCUCAAGCAGACGUCGCUACGCACAUUGGUGUCCUCGACGUCAGGCCAGAGCAAGCCGGCCCCCCGGACAGAGGGUACGGCAUCGAGCCUCAACAAGCCCAAGCUUGCUAUCAUCGGCAUGUCGGGGCGAUUCCCGGAUGCCAAAGACAACGAGGCCUUCUGGAGCAUCCUGCACGAGGGUCUCGAUGUCCAUAAGCCUGUGCCGUCCCUCCACUGGGAUGCCAAGACACAUGUCGAUCCCACCGGGAGCCGCAAGAACACGAGCGGGACGCCGUACGGCUGCUGGCUUAACGACCCGGCUAUGUUUGACGCGCGUUUCUUCAACAUUUCACCGCGAGAGGCGCCGCAAAUUGACCCCGCGCAGCGGCUGGCCUUGAUGACGGCCUACGAAGCAAUCGAACAAGCCGGCAUUAUUCCAGACGCUACUCCUUCGACGCGCCGUGACCGUGUGGGCGUCUUUUAUGGUGUAACUAGCAACGACUGGAUGGAAACCAAUAGCGCCCAGAAGAUCGACACGUACUUCAUCCCCGGCGGGAACCGGGCCUUCAUCCCUGGACGCAUUAACUAUUGCUUUAAGUUUAGCGGCCCUAGCUACGCCGUCGACACGGCGUGCUCCUCGAGCUUAGCCGGCAUCCACCUGGCGUGCAACUCGCUAUGGCGAGGGGACAUUGACACAGCGGUUGCUGGCGGAACCAACGUCUUGACGAACCCAGACUUUACUGCCGGUCUUGACCGAGGCCACUUCCUUUCGCGGACUGGCAACUGCAAGACCUUUGAUGACGGUGCUGAUGGCUACUGCCGAGGAGAAGGCAUCGGCACAAUUAUCCUUAAGCGCCUCGACGAUGCUUUGGCGGACAACGACCCCAUCCUCGGAGUCAUCCUAGGGGCGAGCACCAACCACUCGGCAGAGUCCGAGUCCAUUACCAGACCGCACUCUGGCGCCCAGCGCGCAGUCUUCAGCACGAUUCUCAACCAAAGCGCCGUGGACCCCUAUUCCAUCAGCUACGUCGAGAUGCACGGAACAGGAACCCAAGCUGGCGAUGCCAGUGAAAUGUCCAGCGUCUUGGACACUUUCGCCCCCCCCCUGUCCCAGGUCAAGACGGGCAGAGCAAACGAAGAGGCGCUCUAUCUCGGGUCCGCCAAGGCCAACAUUGGCCACGGCGAGGCUGCCUCGGGAGUGACCAGUCUGAUCAAGGUGCUGCUGAUGAUGCAGAAGAACAUGAUUGUUCCUCACUGCGGAAUCAAGACACAGAUCAACCGCAAGUUCCCAACCGACUUGCAGGAACGUAAUGUCAACAUUGCCCUGAAGCCGACAGCUUUGGAGCGGAGCGCCGAUCCCUCCAAGCCCCGGCGAGCCUUUGUCAACAACUUCAGCGCUGCCGGUGGUAACACGGCGCUGUUGAUCGAGGAUGCGCCGCUGAAGCCUGAGGCUCUCGCUGCCGUCGAUCCGCGGAGCCACCAUCUCGUGGCCUGCUCGGCCAAGAAUGGCGUCUCUCUCCAGGGCAACCUCCGGUCCAUGCUCAACUUCCUGAAGCAGAAUCCGCGGGUGUCCAUGGGGCAACUGUCUUACACCACGACAGCACGUCGACUGCAUCACCCGCAUCGCGUCAUGCUCUCCGGCUCGGCCGACGACAUUUGCUCCCAGAUCGAGGCGGCUCUCCGCGACAACUCGGGCAUGACUCGACCCAAGAGCGCUCCCAAGCUUAUCUUCACCUUCACUGGCCAGGGCGCCCAAUAUCCCGGAAUGGGGAAGCAGCUCCUUGAGAAUUUUUCCGUUUUCCGCACCGAGAUGUGCCGCCUGGAUCAAAUUGCUCAGAGCCUCGGCUUUCCGUCCAUGCUUUCCGUCAUCCGAUCCGAGGAACAAGACAUUGGCGUCUUCCCGCCUACCGCUGUUCAACUCGCAAGCAUCUGCAUGCAAAUUGCACUAAACAAUAUGUGGGCAUCGUGGAAUAUUACACCCUCUGCUGUGGUCGGGCACAGCCUGGGCGAAUAUGCCGCUCUCAAUGCCGCUGGGGUUCUUUCGGACGCAGACACCAUCUACCUCGUGGGCAAGAGGGCCGACUUGCUUCAAGAGAAGUGCACGCGCGACACGCACGCUAUGCUUGUUGUCAAGGGAUCUGUAGACGAGAUCUCAAGCGCUCUCAGGGACCUCAAGUGCGAGACUGCCUGCAUCAACUCGCCGGUUGAGACGGUCCUGGCUGGCUCCAACGAGCACAUCUCCAACCUGAAGGGACUGCUCACGGACUCUGGAAUUAAAUGCACGCUGCUCAAGGUUCCCUAUGCUUUCCACUCUUCCCAGAUCGACCCGAUUCUGUCCGACUUUAAGCGCGUCGCUAGCGGCGUGACGUUCUCUAAGGCCAAGAUCCCCAUCCUGUGCCCCUUGAAUGGCGGCAUUGUCACUGAGGGCAGUGGCGCCUUUGGCCCUGAGUAUCUUGCGAGCCAUUCUCGCGAGCCUGUCAACAUGCUCAAGGCACUUGAGGCGGCACGCAGCAGCAAAAUCGUCACCGACCAGAGCACGAUGCUGGAGAUUGGCCCACAUCCGGCCAUCUCAGGUAUGGUGAGCGCCGUUCUGGGGCCGCAAGUCAGAAAUCUGUCCUCUUUGCAGCGCGGCAGGUCCGUCUGGCAGGUCCUAGGUGCAACGAUCAAGUCCCUUUACACUGCCGGUGCCGAUAUUCGCUGGGCAGAGUACCAUCGCGACUUCAAGUCCUCCCACACGGUCCUCCCGCUGCCGGCUUACAGCUGGGACUUGAGAGAGUACUGGAUGCAGUAUGUCAACGACUGGUCGUUGCGUAAAGGGGACCCUCCCCUGACGACGACCGAGACCCCCGGGCUCGAGAGCACAACCAUCCACCGGGUUGUUGAGGAGACGGGCGAUUCAAAGAAUACCCACAUUGUGGUCGAGGCAGACAUUGCACGCAAGGAUCUUAGCCCGCUUGUGCAGGGUCAUGAAGUCGACGGCAUCCCGCUCUGCACGCCCUCGGUCUACGCAGACAUUGCGUUGACUCUGGGCAACUACCUCGUCCAGCGCUAUCGUCCGGGCCAGCAGGAGAAGCUUGUAGAUGUGUCGGACAUGACCAUCUCCAAGGCCCUGAUCCUGCGCGCCGGUGCAACCCAGCAGCUCCUUCAAGCCCACGUCGAAGUCGACUGGCCGACGCAGUCAGCGGCCAUCAAGUUCAUGUCCUUUGAUAACAAGCAGAAGUUGCAGGAGCACUCCCGAUGCGUUCUGCGAUUCAAGGACUCGAGUCUUCAGCAAGUGCUCCAGAAAGGCUUGGCCAAGCUGAAGCAAAAGCGGCAGGCCCUCCGGGACGGAGUUGCCGCGGGGGUCACAGCCCGCUUCAAUCGCCCCAUGGUCUAUCGUGCCAUUCGGCCGUUGGCGCGCUUCCACGACGACUACCGGGCCAUAGACGAAAUUGUCCUCAACAGCAAGACGCUGGAGGCAUCGAGCCGUCUUAGCUUCAGUAGCGUCAAGCGGGGCGGCAACUAUCACACCCAUCCGGCCAUCAUUGACUCCCUGACUCAGUCUUGCGGGUUCGCCAUGAACUGCAACGAUGGGUCUGACCUGGACAAUGAGGUUUUUAUGAACCACGGAUGGGGCUCGUUCCAGAUCUUCGAGCCGCUAGACUUUGGCAAGGCCUACACCACCUACACGCGCAUGGAAGAGGGCGCGGACAAGUUGUGGCAUGGCGAUGUUGUCAUCCUUGAUGGCGACAAGGUCGUCGCCUUUUUCGGCCAGAUUGCGAUCCAGGGCGUGCCGCGCCGCAUCCUCAAGGUCAUCCUCUCAAUCGAAAGCGGAAACACGUCACAGAAGAAGCAGCCGGUGCAGAAGCAGCAGGCUCUAACCCUCCCUCCUUCCGCUGUCAAGGCCUCCAAGGCUGCUCCUCCGGCCGCCGUCGAGUCCCAUGUGUCCAAGCUUGCGCAAGCCUUGGCCGUCAUUGCGGAAGAAAGUGGGCUCGCCGUGGCCGAUCUGACCGACGGCACAGUUUUCGGAGAUGUCGGCAUCGACUCCCUUCUGGGCCUGACCAUCUCGGCUCGCUUCAAGGAGGAGCUCGACAUGGACCUCGACUUCAACGCACUCUUCUACGAGUAUCCUACUGUUGGCGACCUCAAGGUGUUCUUGGGUGGUUCUACGCGUGGAACGGCUAUCUCAAGCCCAAGGUCUAGCAGCACUGGGUCAUCCACUCCCGUGAGCAGCGGAACCGGGGCUACCACGCCCAACACGGAGGACUUUGGCGCCCCCAAGGUUGACUUCAAACGUGCUCUCGGUAUCAUCUCGGAAGAGAGCGGUGUCGCCACAGAUGAACUCACCGACGACACCAACUUUGCCGACUCUGGCGUGGACUCGCUGUUAUCACUAGUCAUUGUGAGCCGGUUCCGGGAUGAGCUUGAGCUCGAAAUCCAGCACGAAUCCCUCUUCCUAGAGUGCCCAACCGUUGCCGAUCUGAAAGAGUUGCUAUUGGGUGACGCUAACUCAGGCAACAACGUCCAGCCCGCGGGUCUAAAGUCCAGCAACACUAGGUCGUCUACUCCCGUUGUGGAAGAACUUAGCGCGUCCAAGGUCGACUUCCAGCGUGCUCUCGAUAUUAUCUCGGAAGAGAGUGGUGUCGCCACAGAGGAACUCACCGACGAUACUAACUUUGCCGACUCUGGUGUGGACUCACUGCUGUCACUGGUUAUCGUGAGUCGGUUCCGGGAUGAGCUUGAGCUUGACAUCCAGCACGAAUCUCUCUUCCUGGAGUGCCCGACUGUCGCCGAUUUGAAACAGCUGCUGUUGGGCGAUGCUGGCUCGGGCGACAACGUCCAGCCCGCGGCGGAAAACGCUACUCCGAAAAACAACGCUGUGAAGACCAUUGAGAUCGACACGUCCGCCCUCGCAGCUCGCAAGCAAGCCGUCGACGAGCUCGUUAAGAAGUACACGGCCGGAUUCUCAGCACCAGGUUCUUCACCCUCGUCUACUAUGCCGAGUGAUAAUGAGAAAGUCAUUCUUGUCACGGGGGCAUCGGGAAGCCUGGGGGGUCACUUAGUCUAUCACAUUGCACAGCUGCCCGACGUCAAGAGGGUCGUCUGUCUCAACCGUGAAAACAAAGCGGAGCCCUACGACCGCCAGCAAAAGGCCAUGAGGGGCAAGGGCAUCCGAUUCCCCGAGGCUCUCAAGUCCAAGUUGUUAGUGCUGCAGACAGACAGCGCCAAGCCGAUGUUUGGAUUGCCCAAGAGUGAGUACGAAGGGCUUGUGAACUCGGUCACUCACCUCGUUCACAACGCAUGGCCCAUGAGCGCAAAGCGCCCGCUGGCCGGCUUUGAGUCGCAGUUCCAGGUGAUGCGCAACCUCAUCGAUUUUAGUAGCGCCACUGCCUCGCGGCGCCCAGAUUCCUUCCAGUUUAGCUUCCAGAUGGUGUCUUCUAUCGGUGUCGUUGGCCACUAUGGCCUUGCCAGCUACGAUGGGACGAGGACCAUGGUGCCUGAGCAGAGGGUCGGCAUUGACACAGUGCUUCCUAACGGCUAUGGAGACGCGAAAUGGGGCUGCGAGAGGAUGCUUGACGAGACCCUCCAUAAGUAUCCAAACCGAUUCCGCACCAUGGCUGUCCGGCUGGGACAGAUUGCAGGCUCUAAGACUAGUGGCUACUGGAACCCCAUGGAGCAUUUUGGAUUCCUGAUCAAGUCGUCACAGACUUUGAAUGCUUUGCCCGACGUCGACGGCACUGUUUUCUGGACUCCAGUCAACGAUAUUGCCGGAACGCUCUCCGACCUGGUCUUGUCCAAGCGUGCUCCCCAUCCCAUCUAUCAUAUCGAGAACCCAGUUGGCCAGGCAUGGCGGGAGACAAACGCCAUCUUGGCAGACGCGCUCAAGAUUCCCAACCUGAUCCCCUUUGAUGAGUGGGUCGAGCGUGUUCGAAACGCACCUCAACGAAACAACCCUGCUUCCACUCUCUUGGACUUCUUAGAUGGCAACUACCUUCGCAUGUCCUGCGGCGGGCUGGUGCUGGACAUCAGUAACACCCUUGAGCACUCUAAGACGCUUUCUGCAGUCGGGCCAGUCAGUGAGGAGGUGGUUCGGAAGUAUAUCCACAUUUGGAAGGAGAUUGGCUUCCUCAACUAG